CCCGCCCCUUACGCCACCGCCCUUCCCACCCUGCCCCGCGGCCGGAAGUGGCGCCUCGUGCUGGGAGACGUGUCGGCGGCGGCGGGACCGGCCGCGCGUGAGCGCAGGAUGAUCACGGACGUGCAGCUCGCCAUCUUCGCCAACAUGCUGGGGGUGUCCCUCUUCCUCCUCGUUGUCCUCUACCACUACGUGGCCGUCAACAACCCCAAGAAGCAGGAGUGAGCCCCGGCAGCGGCGCCGCAGCCCUGCCUGCCGUGACCCACCGCACCGGCACCGCUCGCCCCCUUCCCUCCCGCAGGGCCGCGUCGGGCUGAGCCCACCGCCCCGCGGGGGCCAUGGGGGAGCCCCUCGCCCACAGCACGCCGGUGCCACCCCGGCGCUCCUCCUCUUGCCUGUCCCGGUGGUGCUGCCCUGCGGCCGUGCUCUUUCUAAACAAAUUUUAAUGCAAACACGAUGAUUCCAAACAA